GGGGCCUCAGCUAUAAAAGCCGAGCUCUGCGGGGAAAGGACGCGGUCUUCCGAGCCCUGGCAGCAACAUGUGGAUCACUGCUCUGCUGCUGGCCGUGCUGCUGCUGGUGAUCCUCCACAGGGUCUAUGUGGGCCUUUUCGCCGGAAGUUCCCCGAACCCCUUCGCCGAGGAUGUCAAGCGACCGCCUGAACCUCUGGUGACCGACAAGGAGGCUAGGAAGAAAGUUCUCAAACAAGCUUUCUCAGUCAACCGAGUACCAGAGAAGCUGGAUGCAGUGGUGAUCGGCAGCGGCAUUGGGGGACUGGCCUCAGCGGCGAUUCUAGCUAAAGCUGGCAAGAGAGUCCUUGUGCUGGAGCAACAUACCAAGGCGGGUGGCUGUUGUCAUACCUUUGGGGAAAAUGGCCUUGAAUUUGACACUGGAAUUCAUUACAUUGGACGAAUGCGAGAGGGCAACAUUGGUCGUUUUAUCUUGGACCAGAUCACUGAAGGGCAACUGGACUGGGCCCCCAUGGCCUCCCCUUUUGACUUGAUGAUACUAGAAGGGCCCAAUGGCCGAAAGGAGUUCCCCAUGUACAGUGGGAGGAAAGAAUACAUCCAGGGCCUUAAGAAGAAGUUCCCCAAGGAAGAAGCUGUCAUUGACAAGUACAUGGAGUUGGUUAAGGUGGUGGCCCGUGGAGUCUCUCAUGCAGUUCUACUGAAGUUCCUCCCAUUGCCCUUGACUCAGCUCCUCAGCAAGUUUGGGCUACUGACUCGUUUCUCUCCAUUCUGCCGAGCGUCUACGCAGAGCCUAGCUGAAGUCCUGCAGCAGCUUGGGGCUUCCCGUGAGCUCCAGGCUGUUCUCAGCUACAUCUUCCCCACUUACGGAGUAACUCCCAGCCACACCGCCUUUUCCUUGCACGCUCUGCUGGUUGACCACUACAUACAAGGGGCAUAUUACCCCCGAGGGGGUUCCAGUGAGAUCGCCUUCCAUACCAUCCCUUUGAUUCAGCGGGCCGGGGGCGCUGUCCUCACCAGGGCCACUGUACAGAGUGUGCUGCUGGACUCAGCUGGGAGAGCGUGUGGUGUCAGUGUGAAGAAGGGACAAGAGCUGGUGAACAUCUACUGCCCAGUUGUCAUCUCCAAUGCAGGAAUGUUCAAUACCUAUCAGCACUUGUUGCCAGACACUGUCCGCCAUCUGCCAGAUGUGAAGAAGCAGCUGGCGAUGGUAAGGCCUGGUCUGAGCAUGCUCUCAAUCUUCAUCUGUCUGAAAGGCACCAAGGAGGACCUGAAGCUUCAGUCCACCAACUACUAUGUUUAUUUUGACACAGACAUGGACAAAGCGAUGGAGCGCUAUGUCUCUAUGCCCAAGGAAAAGGCUCCAGAACACAUUCCCCUUCUCUUCAUUGCCUUCCCAUCAAGCAAGGAUCCAACCUGGGAGGACCGAUUCCCAGACAGAUCCACAAUGACUGCGCUGGUACCCAUGGCCUUUGAAUGGUUCGAGGAGUGGCAGGAGGAGCCAAAGGGCAAGCGUGGUGUUGACUAUGAGACCCUCAAAAAUGCCUUCCUGGAAGCCUCUAUGUCGGUGAUCAUGAAACUGUUCCCACAGCUGGAGGGCAAGGUGGAGAGUGUGACCGGAGGAUCCCCACUGACCAACCAGUACUAUCUGGCUGCACCCCGAGGAGCUACCUAUGGAGCGGACCAUGACCUGGCUCGGCUGCAUCCUCAUGCAAUGGCUUCCAUAAGAGCCCAAACCCCCAUCCCCAACCUCUACCUGACAGGCCAAGAUAUCUUCACCUGUGGGCUGAUGGGAGCCCUGCAGGGGGCCUUGCUGUGCAGCAGUGCCAUCCUGAAACGGAACUUGUACUCAGAUCUGCAGGCUCUUGGCUCAAAGGUCAAGGCACAAAAGAAGAAGAUGUAGUCCAUUCAGAGAAGAGCCAGAGGAAAGGCACCUCCCCAACUUCUCGUGGUGUCCUUCCUCCUACAGCAAUUCCUUGCACAUAAAAA